UAAUUAUUUUUGUUACAUUUCUUACUCAGGACGUACACCCAGUCCUUGAUGCACUGCUACGAGGUGAUACCAGAGGGCGCUGUUUGCAAACUCUACUUUGACUUGGAGUUCCACAAGCCCUCAAACAGAGAGGCCGAUGGCAAAAAGAUGGUGGCCAUGUUGAUCCAGUAUGUUUGUCAAAAGCUGAAGGACGUUUAUGGUGUCGAAUGCUGCGCAACAAGCAUCCUCAGUCUGGACUCCAGCACAGAGGACAAGUUCAGUCGUCACCUCAUCUUCAAUCUUCCAAAUGCGGCUUUCAAAGACAACAUUCACGUUGGUGCUUUUAUUCAUGCCAUUCUUCAACCUGUCCUGGACGGAUGCAAUGAAGAAGGUCAUCACAAUUUCAUUUAUAGCAGUCGAACGCAGAACCAAGAGACUGACCACAGUUUCCUUCACGUGAAAAACAAGGACGGACACCCUGCUCUGUUUGUCGAUCUCGGAGUUUACACCAAGAACAGAAAUUUCCGUCUUUACAAGUCAUCCAAGGUCGGGAAGAAUGCUGCCUUCUCCUUAGCCGACGACAAUAAGUUCAUCUCCAAACUCAGCAAGGGUGUGUCUCCAGAGGAAAGUGUGUUCUUGGCGUCUUUAGUGUGUAAUGUGAGCUUUACGGGCCAGAGAAUUCUAACGUGGGAAGGCGCAGACGCUCGGGCCUGUCGGACCACGAGGGUUCAGCGCCAAAUGUGUUUACCGUCUGAUUCAGGCUUGCUUUCGAGCUGCCUCACGUCUCCUCACCGAGAAGUGGAUGACUUUGUUUUGACGGUGGUUAGGAGGGAUGCCGUACAAGGAAGCAUCAGGCGCUGGAACUACUUUGCUGCCCAACAGCUGCUGGUCUACGACAUCGCCAAGUACCGCUGGUGUGACAACGUGGGUCGCUUUCACAAAAGCAACAACAUCAUGAUCGUGGUGGAUCUCAAAGAGGAAGUGUGGUACCAGAAAUGUCACGAUCCUGAAUGCAGGAACUUCAGAUCCUCAAGUUACCCACUGCCGCAGGAGAUGUGCAUCAGUUACAUCAUGAUGCAGGAUGAGGAGGACCAGGCCUUCGUGAUGGACGAGGAAGGCAACAUUGAACCCAGCCAAGCACCAAAGGAGGCGGCUCAGGAUCAGGAAUCCAAAGUCGUGUGGAGAGGAGACGCCGAAGAUGACCGAGAAUUCUCAGACUGCCUUGACGACUUUGAGAUGACCAGCAGCGAAAUCUCCGACGAGCUGCUGCUCAGCUGCGUGUAAAAUUUCCAUUCCCGGUAAAAGAUGACGCGAGUCCAAGAGAAGUUACUGAUGCACUUUAUUGAAAUCUCAAGUCACAAUUUUUCUCACAAUUCAAGCCCCCCCCCC